UUUGAAGCAUCAUUCAUGGCUAUUUUAGGUGUAGUCAAAGAGAUCUCAAUCUUAAUAUCCUCUCCAAGAUCUGGCUGGUCGAUCUUACCCUCAACAGCUGACUUUUCUCUCUUUUUAGGCUUCUUUGAUGGCUUUCUUUGUGUCUUCUUUGCUCGGGGCUUCCUCUUUUUCUUAGGUGCAUUUGAGAACAGCAUUUCCUUCACGUUUAGCUGUUCAACAGGCAAUUUGUCGAGCUGUCUGACUUCUUUAGCCUCUUUACGCUUAGAUUUGGCUAUCUCUUUUUCUUCUCUCUUUUUCUCAGUAAUGAACAACAGCUUAUGUACAAAGAAGACAGUCCUUGAAUCUGAUGUAGAAAGAGUGAGCUCGGAAAAUCUGGGAAUCUGCGCAGCACAUUUCAAGUCAAAUAUUCCAUUAUCUUUACCUGCCUUAUCUUGGAAGUAUAUCAAUUCAGUAUUUGAGCUAUCAAGAAGGAAAAGAGACCUCCAAACUUUCAAGGGCGGUUUGAUCAACAUCUUCGUUCCUUUUCAGACGUCAAUAGUCAAGGAGUCUAACUUAGCAAUCUCAGUUGCAGUAAUCUUAGAGUUUCCAUCAAAGAGUAGGAACUUCAACAUUCUAUUAGUCUCAGCUUGCUUCUUAUGAAUCUUACCAGAGUCUGUAUAUUCUAUAGCGCUAGAGUCCAGGUAUCUGCUUUCCCAUUUUUCAUCAUCUGAGUCAUCAGAUAGGCAUGCAUCUUCCUCGAUUUGGGCUCUAGUAGGGAUUCCUACAUUUACGACUGACUCGAUUUGGACAACUCUUGGGCUCUCAAGCUGCUCCUCUAUAUCAGUGGUUUUGAAUUCUCUGAACCCUUCUUCUCUUUUUUGCCAGUAAUCCUUCAUAUCUUGGACACAAAAUUGUUGAAAUACAGCAUAUAUGUCCUGAUCCUCGGUCUGGUUCUGAGGAAACUGCUCUAAGCAGUCUCCAACCCAGCUCGGUUUGAAGUGGAUAUAGAGUUUUCUGAAAUACUCUAAGACUAAGUCGAUUCUGUCAGCUUGAAGUUCAGCGUCAAUCAUCACUGAGUUUUCAAUUUCUUCCAUUUUGGUGG